AGUGGAGGAGGAGAAUGAAGAUCUUCUCAUAUAAAGACACUCACUGACAUAAACAUUCUGAUUCUCAUGUAAAUCUGAAUCUGUAAAGAUGUUGGUUGUUGUCACACUCAUUUGUCUGAUUGACCUCUCAUCAGCUCAUCCAAUCAUUCAGAAAGAUGUUUUGGACGAGUUGGUCACACAGACAAACUCUGAACGAGAAACACUGGACAUGCUCAAUGUGACUAAAGGGGCAGUGAUCAACACCACACCACAAGUACAGCAACCCAAUGAUAGAACUGCAGCUCAAAGUUCAUCAGAAUCUGAAAGUUCUGAGCAGAGCGAGUCAGUGGAGGAUCUAUCAGAGACUUCUGAGGAGCAUGACACCUCUGAGCAGACCUCUGAAUCGUUGGAGACAACUUUUCAGCAACACACAGCUUCAGAUGAUCUGAGAGAUGAUAGUCGAGGAAGCAAGGAGAACAUCCGCAGGAGUUGGGUUCGAGUUCAUGGCCUCCAUUUUGAUAAGCAUGCGGUGACCCUAGAUGUGACAGCAGACACGGUGACUGACAUAGCAACUGCAGCUGUUGUUACUGAAGCAGCAGAGACAUUAACUGAUGGAGUAAUCCGCAGCUUUCAGACAGCUCAGACAAUUGGAGUUACCGCAGCUGUAGCUGUGGAGACGGAUAGUGCUGCCAGCAAGAGCAUGGAGAGUGAUGAGCAGGUGGACCUACAGCAACUGAACAUGUGCAAAGAUCAAGCAGAUAACGAUGAAUGCAUUGAUGGUGGAUUCGUAAAGGAUGGUGGCGACCACCAGAGUGAUUUUCACCAUGGUGCACUGAGCCUGGAUGAGCGUCCCAGAAAAAUUCCUUUUAGACUAACCCACUUUCAGCUAUCAGAAAUAUAAUUUGUUUUAAAAAGGUUGAGAGAAUUCAACUUUAUUUUAAAAAACAUCUAUUAAAAAGACUAAAACACAAUACACUUCCUAUCCAAUGAGGGGAUGAUUUCAUAUAGUGUUUGCCUGAAAGCAUUUCCCUUUAUAUAAUGCCUCUGUCUCUACUAUAUGAUUUUUUUAUACAGCUUUAAGUGUGAAAGUGGUGGUUUGGCACUGUGACUAAUGGGCUGGUAAUCAGAAGGUUGGUUCUUGAUUGGAAAGUUGCUCCAGGAAACCUGAACCUGUAUUAAGUUUACUGGGAAAUCUAAAUGAUUACUUCAUGAUGUAAUAUGAUUUUGUAUUAAGGAAGAUGGACCCUUGUCACAUUACAGUAUUAAAUAGAUAGUCCACCCAAAUGGAAAAUUAUGUCAUCACUUGCUCAUCCUCAUGCUGUUCCAAAUCUGGAUGACAUGUUUCUUUCAUGUAACACAAAAGGAGCUUUUAGGCAGUAUGCUCGUCUCAGUCACCAUUUUCUUUCAAUGCAUCUUUUUUACAUUCAAUAAAAGUGAAUGGUGACCGAGUCAUUCUGCCUAACAUCUCCUUUUGUGUUCCAUAGAAGAAAGAAAGUCAUACAGGUUUGGAACAAGAUGAGGACGAGUAAAUGAUGACAUAAUUUUCAUUUUUGGGUGAAAUGUUGUGAAAUAGUAGUUUAAAACUUUAUGUAAUUGUGUUCAAUAAUAAAAUUACUAACAUAAGACAAAACAUAGCCAGCACGUGUCUUACUGAUCUAGGCUCAAACUGUCCACCAACUGAUGUGAAAUGCAACCAGCCCUUACGCACUCACACGGUCAUAUAACUCAUUAACUCUUCCAGCUGCCACCUUUACGCUUUACCCACUAACUUCCUAAAAACAUUUUAGAGUUCCUUAUUACCAGACAUUCUGAGUAUUGCUAAUUAGUCCCUCCAGCAAGAAAUUGUUCCAUGUACAUUUAAGAUGGCAGUCAUUAGGCCUCUCCUGAUUCUUCUGUGCUUAUUAUCUACAGACCUAUUUCUAGUCUUCCAUUACUUGGCAAAAUAAUUUAAAAUGUAGUGUCCAUACCACUCAAUAACUAUCUUAACACUCAUAAUCAUAAUGUAAUAGUCUGGCUUUCGGGCCAACCAUAGCAUGGAAACAGAUCUUCUUAAGGUUCUAAAAGAUUUACAAGGAAACAUGGAUUCCAUUAACCAAUCAAAUAUAGUUCUCUUAGACCUUAGCGCUGCAUUUGACACAGCUGAUCACAAUAUUGUGCUUGACUGACUGCAGAACUGGGUUGUCAUAUCAAGCCCAGUCCUAGACUGGUUUAGACCCAAAGCUACACUAUGUAACUUUUAACAUUUGAAGCAUAAAACCCUCUAAAGUUUGAAGCAUAAAACAGAAAGUUACAUAUGAGGGAACACUUGAUAAUCUCAAAUCAUGAUGAAUCUCAUGAUUUGAGAUUACCUGCUUAGCCUUGUGAUCAUGGAGGUUUUCACCAGCAGAGCCGGAG